AGAAGAAUGAUCUUAAAGCUUUCAAUCAAAGCAAAGCUAUCAUCAUGGCUAGAUACUAUGAUAGAUAACUGCGACUAUUUUUGAAAGCUGUGAAACAACCGAGCCUCCCUGAAGAGUGUAGCUGCUUUGUACUGAGUCACUUCUCUCUCCCGUUCCUCUGCAAGACUUCUGGAGACGCUUGGACCUCUCAUGCCACUUUCAUGGAGUGUAUUUCCACGAGUGUCACUGUCACAAAAUAGCAAUGUCAGUGGACAGCAGUGAAUCAGAGGACAGCAGCAGCUGUGACGCUGCACGUGAAAGACAUCUGCCAUGUUGUGCCUCUGGACUCGUUUCUGCUAAAUUAACUAUCGUGGUGGGAGACACUCACUUCUCAGAGGAGAAGAUGCUACUUGUUCAGAGCUGCGACUACUUCCGAGCUCUGUAUCGCUCCGGGAUGAAGGAGUGCCGGCAGGAAAAAAUCCACCUCAAGUCUCUGCGUGCUCGAGGAUUCUUAAUCGCCUUGGCCGUUUUACGAGGUGAGUUGCCCGUCCUGGAUGGAGACGACAUUGUGGAAGCCAUUGAGUGCGCUGCAUUCUUGCAGGUGGCGCCGCUCACAAAGCAUCUCAUCAAUGCCAUUGACUCUGACAACUGUUUGCUGAUGUAUCACACCGCUGCGACCUUCGGCCUCAUGGAACUUUACCGCGCUGUUGCGCUGUUUAUCCGAAACAUGUACACCGACUUGGAGGCAGAGGUCAGGAAAACCUUUCCAUCAGAGAUGAUCUCCUAUGUUGAGUCUUUGACCCCGAGUGCUUUCGUGGCUGUUGGGGCCCAUGUGACCUGCAGCGUUGAUGAAACUGUGCAUGCUGCCUCAAGGACAGUCUGCUACCUGGAUGAAGCUGGAAACAACUGGAAAGUAUUAACAGAUCUGCCCCUGGAAGCCAGCACAUCCAUGGCUGGAGUGACUGUUUUGGACAACAAACUCUACAUCGUUGGAGGAGUUCAUGGACUUCGUAAACAAGUCGUAGAUUGUUGUUUCUGCUACAGCGUUGAAAACAACCGCUGGAGCAGGAUCUCCAGUCCGUCACAGCUGCGAUACAAUCUCAGCCUUGAAGGUGUAGAUGGUCGUCUUUACGCCAUCGGAGGAGAGUACGAUGGAAGAGUGAUGUCGUCUGUGGAGACAUACGAUGUAUCUUCCGGGAGGUGGGAGUUUGCCGCUCACUUACCUCGACCAGCAGCAGGAGCGGCUUGCACCAAGGCCAUGGGCCGGAUAUUUGUGUGUUUAUGGAAGCCGAUGGAGACCACAGAGAUCUUCGAGUAUGUCCCAAGGAAAGAUGAGUGGCAGCUCGUUAGCACCCUGAUCAGGAAACAGAGCUACGGCCACUGCAUGGUCGGCCACAGAGACAGCCUGUACGUCAUGAGAAACGGGCCAUCGGACGACUUCCUCAGAUGCCUGAUGGACUGUUACAAUCUGAGCUCGGGACAGUGGUCGUCUCUACCCGGACACUUCGCCAACAGCAAAGGGUCUCUGUUCACGGCAGUGGUGAGAGGUGACUCCGUGUUCACGCUCAACAGGAGCAUGACUCUGGAGUACAACAUAGAAGGACAGAACUGGAAGCCCCGACGGCAGAUGAAGGGUUUCCCCAGAAGUGGAUCCGUGUGGACGUUUCUGCUGCAGCUGCCAGAGUCGCUCAUGCUGCCAUAACUCUCAGAGAAUUCAUUAGACUGUCAACAUUUACAAUAACAUUUAUUUGUCCAUCAUUUCUAUCACUGGCGAUGAGAAUGUUCUCACCCAGCUAGUGGUCAGUUUCACCUGUAGUGUAUCCCAUUAGGGCGGAAUAUUUGUUUUCCCGAUUCAAAUUAAUCUCCAUUUGAAUAAUCUGAUAUCAAUGAAAAAAAAAUCCUGAGAUCGAUCAUUUCAUAUGCCUUUUCCCAUAGAUGCAGGUUUGAAAUGAACACUAAGGGCAUGUAGAUGUUUGUACCAAAACAGUCAUGUGAUUUUUGGUGUCAUUUACGGGCGGCAUCUGUCGUCUGCUCUCUGUCCACAGCCACAGCACAGGGACAGGGACUAAAUGGUGCAUUCAGUUGCACCUUGUAAACUCUGAAAUCUAUACUAGAGUGGCCACAAAAGUUGUUAAAGAUCUUGCAGCUGUGUUAUGUUAAGUUGCAUUCACUACUAAUAAAAUUCUGAGUUUCUUCUCCAAAACUACACGGUGUCCCUUUAACACCACUUCUCUUAACCUGAUCUGGCCAGAUCAGCCCAGUGUCUUCCUGCUGAGGUGAUUAAAUCACCUCCUAAAACCCACUUUUAAAGACUUGCUUUUAUGAGAGGUCCUCUUUUUCUUAAUGAUUGUAAUCUUUCCGUCUUUCAUUCCUUCUCCUGCUCUUAGUCUAUUUAUGUUUUUAAUUCCUCCCUUGUGAUGUCUUUAUUUCUUACUGUCCUUUAUUGAUUUUAUUUGUUAUCUUUAAUCUAUGUAUUCUGUGUGUUCUUGAUCCUUUUUGCUGCCCAUAAUCUUUUUAUCAGUGCCUAAUUCCUCUGAUGUGCUGUGAUCUUCUCAUCCUGCGUAAUUGUUUUUUAUUCUUUUAUUUAUUUCUAUUUUUGCAUUAUUUUUUUCUCUCCCUUUCUUCUUCUGUGAUUUUGCCUCUCUUAUGGCCUUUAUUCCCUUUACUUUUGAUGACUUUUUGUGUUUUUUGUGACAUUUUCGGUGCUGCCUUCUUGUUUUAACUCAUCGAAGGCUUCCCUGUGUUUAACUGUUGAGUGUGUAUUCUGUAAUAUUGUCUUCCUGAGUUUACUGCUUUUGCUUGUUUGUCAAAGCAUAUUGUAAACUCUG